AUCCAUGGCGCGCGUUUACCGUUCACUGCCCAUUCAGAUGCGCCCUACAGGGAAGUACAUCCAUACUCCUCAAGGAACAGCAUUAGCGAACUACUCUCCAGCUGAUAUCCAAUUGUACUUUAGACUCUUUAUUCAGAACGGUAAAGGUCGGGUGUGGGAUUUACGGGCCUGGCAGCACGAGCCAAUAUGACAAACGGGUUCACAGACUUCGAUGCUGGUCAUCGUGACCUGGUUACCGUUACCAAAUUCAAUUUUUACGGCAAUAGGAUUGUCACAGCUUCCUCUGACCAUCGUAUGAAAGUCUGGGACCAGAAAGACUCAGGUUGGCAACCGGUUGAUACUUGGCGCGCCCAUGACGCCGAGAUCCGCGAUGCUACCUGGAAUGGUCCAUUCACUGGCCAACAUAUCGGCAGUGUUGGUGAGGACAUGAAAUUCAAGAUAUGGCAGGAAGAUGUGACUCAGCCACCCAAUUCUGGUCGCCGUUUCAAGCCUAUCUUCCGCAUGACAGCACCGCAGCGGCAUCCUUUUGUUUCAUUGGACUUCCGUAAUAUAGACAUGGAGACAUGGCUUGCACUUAUCACUCGAGACGGUUACCUUAUGAUCAUGGAGCCUGUCAGUCCAGAUACACUGGCUGAAUGGCAAGCAUUGGACCAAUUCCGCGUGUGUGCUGCACCGCAGCGCGGGGAGGAGACGAGCUUCCGAGUUCAAUUCCACCAUGACCCCGUCGAUAUAACCCAUUCGCUGCUGCCAAGCUGGGAUCGGAAAAGCCUCUCCCUAGUUGUCGCAGCCAUGGAUACUGUAAAGGUGUAUCGUACAGAUGCAAACCGGCGCUUCUACCACGCUAUUGAAUUGAGUGGACACGGUGGUCUCGUCCGAGACAUAUCCUGGGCAAAUGGCUCAGUGAGGGGAUUCGAUCUCAUUGCGAGCGGUUGCAAGGACGGUUUUGUGCGCGUGUUUGAGGUCUACACUACCGUCACUAAUGCGGGAACAAAUAAUGCGAACAGCAAAAAUCAUCAGGCGUCCUCACAAUCCCCAUUUGCACGUCCAACAGUGCAAUCAGGUAUUGGUUCUGCGCUUGCAAACCGAGCCCCUUCGUCCAUGUCGAACCGAGGAGCAACGGGUGAUCAUCACUUCAAACACACGUUCAAAGAAGUUGCCUGUAUUGACAGUAAGCACUUCGACGUGUGGCAGGUAGAAUUCUCCUAUGCUGGUGACUGUCUACUCUCGUCCGGCGACGAUGGUUCUGUGCGUUUCUGGAAGAAAUCCCUGUCCGGCGAAUGGCUUGAAUUCGCAGAGACAAACAUGGCAGAUGAGCCAAAUGGUGCUCCAGCAUGACAUGUUUCUGCGGAAUCAAAUUUUCACAUUCUAGACCGA